AUGGCAUCACUUGGCUUCACAAGAAGAGCCUCACAAGUGCAAAUGCCGGCACGCAACCCUAACCAAGCAAGGUCUUCUUUGACGAUCAAUGAACGCCAUCUCAUACGUGUCCUCACUCAACCGCCAUCAUCCACUUUUUCUCUCUGGAUCACAGCUCAUUCAGAAGGCAUCAAUCUCUCGUCAUUCGGAGAAGAGCUCCUCAUUUCAACGGCAUCAUCCGCUUCUCAUUUGAUGAUCACAUCUCAUUCAAGCGGCAUCGAUCUCUUGUCAUUCGAGAAUCACUCCCCAUUCAAACGCAAUCAUCCACGUCUCAUAAGCAUUUAUGGAUGA